AUGAGCGGCCUACUUAUAUAUACUGGAAUCUCAUGGGGAGAGGAGCUGCAGUCGUCGCCCGUCGCCUUCCCGUACCUGGACCAGCACUAUGGCCUGAUGCCCAUCGACCAUCGACCAGCCCACGUUCGAGAAGCUCCGGAAACUCAACGAAUCAUCCCCAGCCCGCUGCCACACGCCAAGGUGCAUCCCAACGGGAGCUAUGUCGACCGCGGCUGCGCCAAGAUCUUCGACCACAUCUAUAUCGAGGCGCUGCGCACGAACCCGUGCUUCAACGUUUACAACAUUGUAGACCGCUGUCCGGCACGCAACGACCCACUGCCCGGCAAGGACUCGUGGUUCAACCGCCGCGAGUGCAAGCAGGUGUUCCCAGACAACGUCGACGACCAGUCAGAUCCUGCGGGCGUGCAUGUGCUUCCCCAAGUCAUCGACCAGUCCGAAAAUGUCAUCAUUGCCGAGGGAACGAGCGACUACCUCUUGUCGCUCAAUGGCAUAUUAUUGGGUGUCCAAAACAUGACGUGGGGUGGCCAGCUUGGCUUCCAGCAGGCUCCAAGCGAUCCCUUUGAUGUUCCCGCCUACGGCUUCGACCCCGAGCAGAUGUUCAAGGAUGACUAUGACCCCAACUUUAACGGGCACGAGCUCCCGGCCGGGUACGGCGUCAUGGUUCUACCCACCAUGAGCGCGCUUGCCGGGCACGAGGGACCCGAGUACACCCCUACCGCGUCGUUGCGCAUCCUGGAGAAGCUUCUCGGCCGCAUCGACAGCCUGACCCAGGUGUCCGCGUUUACUCUGCCCCAGAUCAGCAACAUCACGCAGCCCAAGGGUGAGCUCGGCAACGGCACUGUCAGGAUUCCCUGCUAG